AUGGAAGAGCUCAAGGCUAAGCGUGAUGAUUUGUUACGAAAGGUCACAAGAGAGGAGGAUAAAGGUCACAAAGGCUUGGAAGAAUCCAGCUGUGAUAGAGGAAAUACAAGUUCCACGGAUAAUUGUUGGUCAAGAAGCAAUGCUCGAAAGGCAUGGAAACAUCUCAAGGAAGAUGGAGUUGGUAUUAUGGGUAUGUAUGGUAUGGGCGGAGUUGGGAAAACAACGCUUCUCAUGCAAAUCAACAAUAAGUUCAGUGAAGAAGAGGUGUGGAUUUGA